AUGUUUCAGGUAAUUGACAAGCUACCAGAUCUAGAGAUGGUGGUGAACACGAGAGAUUGGCCACAGGUCGAUUACCGAUUUGGGAAAAAGCUACCAGUAUUUUCAUUCAGUAAGACUUCCACGUACCUAGACAUCUCUUAUCCUGCCUGGACCUUCUGGGAAGGGGGGCCUGCCAUUGGUCUGUACCCCAUGGGACUCGGCAGGUGGGACUUGUUGCGAAAAUCUCUCCGCACGGCCUCGGAAAAGUGGCCCUGGGAGGUCAAGGAGAGCAAGGGAUUCUUCAGGGGUUCCCGUACAAGUGCUGAGAGAGACCCCUUAGUCUACCUUUCCCGAGAAGAGCCUGACCUCGUUGAUGCUCAGUACACCAAGAACCAAGCCUGGAAAUCAGAUGCAGAUACUCUUUAUGCACCACCAGCAGGUGAAGUCCCUCUAGAAGACCACUGCCAGUACAAGUACCUGUUCAACUUCCGUGGGGUUGCAGCCAGCUUUAGGUUCAAACACCUCUUCCUGUGUCGCUCCCUUGUAUUUCACAGCGGUGAUGAGUGGAUUGAGUUCUACUACCCUAGGAUGAAGCCUUGGGUCCAUUACAUACCUGUCAGAGCAGAGGCAUCGAAAGAGGAAAUUAGGAAUCUCCUGAAUUUUGCCAAGGAAAAUGAUGACGUAGCCAUGGCAAUAGCAGAAAGGGGCUACGAGUUCAUACGAGACCACCUCAGAAUGAAGGAUGUACUGUGCUACUGGAGGAAGCUGCUUCAGUCCUAUGCAGAACUCCUUCAGUACAAACCAGUCAAGGAGGCAGGAGUGUUCGAAAUUAGACCCAGAAUGUAGAUUAAGUUGUAUGUGGGAACUCUAGGUCUGAUUGUCGGUUCAGUAGAACACAUUAAAUGGACCUGACUCCUUCAUUUCCGUCCAUUGAUCAAGUAUUUAGAGUAUUGUAACCAUUACAUUUACAUAUAUUGAUUUUUUAUUUUUAUGUAUAUAUUUUUUAUGGAUUGUGAUGGAAUGUGGUUUGGGAGAAGCUCUUUGUGUGAAAUUUUAUGUCUUAUACUUUUAGUGAUUGGAAAUACAGGAAAGUUCUAAGUACAAGACUCUGUAUGCAAGUAAAAUUAUAGAAUUUGUAAGAGUAAUUAUGAUAAUGGCACAGAAAAAAUAGAAAAUAUAGAAUGAAGGAUGUAUUGUGCACUUUUGAAACCUUGCAUUAUGUGAAGAUGGAAGUAUAUGGCGUAGGUCAGUUAUAUGAAUGUAAUUGGUAUAUUACUAAUGUAGUUUUCUGUGAUAACCAUGAAGUAUGCCAGUCAGAUUUAUUUGUGAAUCCUUGAAAAUAUUGACAAACACUCUUAACAACUUUUGAAUACAGUCUGAUGAGUAUUAUUUGAUUGUGGCUUAUAUCUAUACUGCAUUAUGUUAAUUAUGUAUUGCUGAUUAACACUUAAUGCCUGGAAUGUUUAGCUUUGGGAAUGUAUACAUCUUACCCUCUGAUAUCAUUCCAUUCUCUAACUGCAGAUAUACUUCCAUGAUACAAAACUGUGUCAAUAUUUUUGACAUGAAUAUUUAUUUUCUUAUUACUCACUGUCAGAGGUUUCAAUAAAAUAGUUAAACCUUAAUCCCUUUUCUAACUUUUAGUAUUUCUCAACAUCUGUGUAAUUUUGCAAACAAGCUGUAUUCCACAGGCUGAAAUUUAAUUUCAAUUUCACAAGCUUAAAAUUGAAACUCCUUGUGGUCUAUAGAAAGUCUGAAUUGCUAUAUUGUUUUAAUAUGGUUAUAUAACAGACACCUAGCACAUUUAUAUGCUCAUAACCAUUAACCAGUAUAUAAGAAAAGUGACACACAUUAUACACUUGAUGUUUUUUCUUGAUGUAAUGUUGUGAUAGUGACAACACAUAUUAAAUUGCACAAAUUUUGGUGUGAAUAUUUUGAGUAGUCAUAUAAUGCAUCCAUAAACAGUGUUUGAACCAGUCUUCAGUUGAUUUACUUGGGGCUAAUUUUGAACUCCAGUAAAUGUAAAAGUUUUUUUUCUGUUAAUGUAUCAGUAUGACCAAAAGCCAUUAAUUUAGUGAAUAACUUAUAAGAGAUUAAAUCAAUAGAAAAGUUUGGUUCAGUGUGCUAACCCUUUACAAUGAAGUGCUAGUAUGUUUUUUCUUUAUUUCUUUCUUUCUUUCUUUCUUUUUUCACUACAAGACUUCAGUUUAAAUAUCAACUUAUGGAGAUAUGCUUUAAUGGCACCUGUGUACUUAUUAUAUUACAAUAUAUUGUUAGAAGACAUCACUACAGAGUUUUAUUAUGUGACAAUAAUUUGUAUAGUGCAGCAAGACACUAUAUUUGUCUGCACAUGUUUUUCAUCUUACUUUUGAUUGAUUUUUUUCGCAUUUUUUUUCAUCUUAUAUCCAACCAAAAUGGUUUGAUUUAAAUUUCUACUGCAUUUUUAUGGCCACACUUGAGAAAUGUUCAGAUAAUGUGAUCAGUGCAAAAUGAAAAAUCUGUAGAGAAUAUUAGUAAAAUAAUAUGAUGUUUUGAUAUACAUAAACACAACUUUGGAAAACACCAUUAUGCACUGCAUAAUGAUGUAGUCUAGCGGGAAAUUAUUUUGGUAUUGGACUGUAAAUUCAGUAUCUUUAGGACUUAAGGCAUUAAUGUGCUAUUGAGCGUUUAGUAAACAAGAAUAAUGUUAAAAGAUAUGAUACAAGAGAGUGAAGGAAGCAAAAGUGUCAUAGAAAAAUAAUUAUCAGCUCUUUGCUUUGUACAUUUUUGUUUUUUAAUGUAAGCAAUUUAUGCAUUGU